AGACGGACCUUAGUGCGCACGCGUGAAGGCGGCUAAAUUCAAAACUCAAGACGUUAGCGUCGAGACUUGUUCGCAUUAGCUUCAAAAUUGUUACGUAUCGUAUGUAAUGUGGUUGAAGAUAAACGACUUGAAAAUGGUUUCAAGUUAGUUAAGAAGUAAUAAUAAAAAACGUAUUUGUCUUAGAACGCCGCAACAUCACAAUCAACAAUAGCAAGUUGACGAUGGAGCCUCUGGAUCCUCCCAAAAAUAAUGAAGGCAGUGGAUUUUCAAAACGCCGCCUUUCCUCGAUUUUAAAAGCGCCACGGAAAUCAGCCAGGUUCCCUGACCAAGAUCAGCAAGAAAAUGUGGUGGAACGUGUCAAACCAGUGGAAAAGAGGAAUUCAAGACGAGUCAGUUUUGCCCCUGCUAAUGACGUCCUUCUGUUUUCUAAGGAUGUCAAAAAUGCCUCCCCUGUCCGAAGCCCUUUGCAAGAAAUAAUAACAGCAACAGGAGCAACAACCACACAAAAUAGGGUGGAAGUGGGAGUCACUGAAGAUGGGAGUGAAAUCAUUGGUAUGGAAACUCUUUUGAAUGCUCCUCUACAUGUUUCCCAACAAAAGGAUAAGGCCACCGGAGAUGACUUUGGGGAAAAAACAGUGAUGUUUUCCACAGAAGAUGCAGCCAUGGACAUGACCCAAAGCCACACUAUAAAUAUUGCUGCAGACAUACCUGAAGAUAUACCCCUUGACAACUAUGACAUUUUCCCAGUUCUUGGAGAAAAUCGCUUGAUAGAUGAUAAAGCCACAGUCCCACCACUAUCCACAGGCAGAAAUGUCGACGUAAGCACAUCAUUGUCAUGUUUGGAUCCUGGAUUUGAAAACUUCCUUGCAAGUCUGUCUAAACCAAGCGGCCAGAGCACUAAUGCUGUAAACAUAACGAUGACUCUUCCUGCUGAAGCAUCCUCUGAAGAAACAAAAGGCUCCCUGGUCCAGAUUAAAACACAAAGGCCUAAUUUGGAUAAAGAAAAUCAAGUUCCAGUGUCUGUUUCUGCUGUGAUGGAAAAGACACCACAUAACACCAGGAAAACUGGAGAACCAUCCUACAGGAGUGCACUCUGUCCAGAAGAUGAUGUGAGCAUGGAUAUGACUGAAGCCCAGACAGAUCGCAUCCUGGGAGUCUGUGAUGAUGACGAUAAUCCUUUCCAGUGUCUUUUUCCUACUCAAGACAUGUACACCCACUCAGAGAUGAAACGGCAGCAGAGCAGUAAAGCAUCAGGAUUAACCAACCCAAAAGAUAAAGUGUCCUUGAUAAAUCCUCUCGUACCUGCUCCUCAUCAAAGACAUAAGGUGAGCUCUGUUGCAAAAAACGAAUGCAGAGAGAAGACAGUAGUGUUUGCUGCAGAUGACGAGUUUAUGGACAUGACUGGGUGUCACACAGUAAAUAUCGCCUGUGGUCCCUUGGUUCCAGAGGACAAAUCAGCAGAUAUUGAUAAAGAGAACUUGCCACUAAAUACCACUCAAAAUGUUAGAGAGCCUUUUAAAGGUGUUAUCAUCUGUCCUGAACUAAUCAUGGAUAUGACAGAAGCUCAAACUGGCCACAUUUUGGAAGGUGUGCAGGACGAUCCUUUUCAGUUUCUUUUUCCACCACAAGACAUGUACACCCACUGUCUCAAGAAAGCAGAUAGUACUUCAGGACAGCGGAUAAGUGAAGCACUCAAAUCAUCUAACCAUAAAGGCAUUGAAGCUUCAUCUUCAAAGGCACUAAAAAAUCAGAAUAAACCUGACAUUGAGAACAACUACAGCGAGAAAACAGUGAGAUUUUCUGCAGAUGAUGCCUGUAUGGAUGUGACACGAAGUCACACUGUAAAUAUCCACCAGUUGCAAGUACAGUCUGACCAAAAUUUUGACUUUUUACCUGCUAAAGAGAAAACUUUAAGAUUCACUCCAGAUGACGGUAUUAUGGAUAAGAAUUAUGGCCUCACUACAAACACUGCCAGUAAUUCAGCGUCCAAUUCAGUAAAUUCUGAGAAGAAACAAGACCGUCAAAUAUGUGAUCUGCCUAGGAACACAUCUUUGUCAGCACAUAGUUUGGAUACAGCUUCCUCCAACAUUAAUCCUAUGAUUACUAAAAUGACCUCUAAUGGAAAUGCAGUCUGUCCCGAAGCAGACAUAAGCAUGGACAUGACUGAAGCUCAAACUGGCUACAUUUUGGAAAGGGAUGCAGGCACAGCUACAGAUGCCCGUCUUCAGGAUCUUUUUCCCACGCAAAGCAUAUGCGCCCAAAGUGGUAAUGUCAGAAAAGCUGACUGGCAGAACAGUAAAGCAACUGGAUUAUCAAGCUGUAAAGGUAAAGAAAACUUCCUGAAGACUUCUGGAAACACAAAGGUGCAAAGACAGCAGGUUAAGCUUGAUGUGGAAGAUGACUGCAAAGAGAAGACAGUGGUUCCUGUUGAUGAUGCCCUUAUGGAAGUUACACAAAGUCUCACAGUGAACAUUGUCAGUGAUUUAGAACUGCAGUCUCACCAAGACACAGGCCUCUUACCUGCUAAUGGAGAAAAGACAGUGAGGUUCAGUAUAGAUGAUGCUGCCAUGGAGGUGACACGAAGUCACACUGUGAACAUUGCCACCAAUCUAAACCUGCAGUCAGAUCACAAUUCAGACCUUUUACCCCCUAUCGGAGAAAAGACGGUGAGGUUCAGUACAGAUGAUGCUGCCAUGGAUGUGACACGAAGUCACACUGUAAACAUUGCCACCAAUCUAAACCUGCAGUCAGAUCACAAUUCAGACCUUUUACCUCCUCUUGGAGAAAAAACGGUGAGGUUCAGUACAGAUGAUGCUGCCAUGGAUGUGACACGAAGUCACACUGUGAACAUUGCCACCAAUCUAAACCUGCAGUCAGAUCACAAUUCAGACCUUUUACCCCCUAUCGAAGAAAAAACUGUGAGGUUCAGUACAGAUGAUGCUGCCAUGGAUGUGACACGAAGCCACACGGUGAACAUUGCCACCAAUGUAAAGUUGCUGUCAGAUCACAGUUUACCUCUCAAUGGAGAAAAAACCGUGAGGUUCAGUACAGAUGAUGCAGCCAUGGAUGUGACACGAAGUCACACUGUGAACAUCGCCACUAAUCUAAAUCUGCAGCCAGAUCACAAUUCAGACCUUUUACCUCCUCUUGGAGAAAAAACUGUGAGGUUUAAUACAGAUGAUGCAGCCAUGGAUAUGACACGAAGUCACACUGUAAAGAUUGCCACCGAUUUUGACAAGAAGUUACAUCAAAAUGUGGAUUUUCCACCUACCUCCGAAGAGAAAACGGGGAGGUUCAAUGCAAAUGAUGGAGCAAUGGAUAUGACGGAGUGCCUCACUGAAAGUAUUCCAAGUGUUUCUGCACCAUACCUGGUUCUACCAUUGCAAAGGGCUCUGCCCAUCCAGGAAAUCCAGGGUUUUUCUUUUAAAGUAGAGAAAUCAAAUAGGGAAGCCUGUGGUCUGCGUGGAAACAUAUCUUCAUCAGCAUAUGAUUUAUAUCAAGAAUUUAAAAACUUGUCAAACACAAGUGACCCACGGACUGAUAUUAAAUCACAGGACAAUGAUAUACCAUCCCCCCAAAAAGCUACUGACCCAAGGGACAUACUGAUACAGCUUAAAACACAGAAACCUGCUAUGAAUACUGAAAGUGAAGCUCCAGGUUUGGUUUCAUCUUUCAUAAAGAAGCCAGUAAGUACAACCAUGAUGGACUGUACAGAAAUUAAUUUGAGCAUGGAUAUGACUGAAGCUCAAACAGGAUGCAUUUUGGGUCAGACGUGCACAGAUGACCCCCUUCAGUGCCUGUCCUCCACACAAGAUCCCAAUUCAGACCAUUUGCGACAAACUGGGAUUGCAUCACAGAGGAGUGGUGAUUUGGGGUUAUCCAAUCCUGAUGACCAGGAAAUUAUGAAUGUGCCAGAUUCUCUUAACUCAAACGAAAGGGAGAACACAGAAGAACCUGAACCAAGAACUACAGCUUGUCUGAUAUCACAGGAUAUGGAAAGUUCACCCAAGGUUGCUGGAAAGGAUGUGGAUGCAUUGUGCUCACGAAAGUCUAGACGAAUCAGUUUAGCUGAUAUUCAGUCAAAAGUAAGGCGUUUGAGUCACAUGAUAAGUGCAGCUCCCAGUGCAGUUGUACCUGAUAACUGCACCGCACCUUUGCAUCAUUUGGAACAAGACCUGGAGAAAAACUCAAAAGAUAAAACAUUACCUGUCACUAUGGCAGAACCAGAAGCUGAAAUGGAAUUGGUAAACACUGAAGACAAUGCACAAGCUCAGUGUUUUAUAGAAGCAGAGCAUCCCAGUGAUGCUAUUACUACAACUCCUUUCAGCUCAAAGACCAAACAGCUUAUGUCAAGAAUCUCACUGGGAGGCUUUAAGCCGAAACUGCCCCAAAAAUGCAAACCUGAUGAGUCAAAGAGAGUGAAAUCUUCAGGAGACCAUACAAAGACAAUCACCGCCAACGUUGCCAAGGAGCUGAACAACUUUGAUGAUGAUGUUAGUGAUAUUUACGAUGAAGAGCUGGGUAGUUAUGAAGAUAUGUCAGAAGCACUGGACACUAGGAGUCCUCAGAAAAGUCCAGAGUUCAACAUGGUCGAGCCUUUAGAGAACACUGUGUUUGAAGAAGAUGUUAUUAGCCCUGUUCAUGGACAAAAGAGACUUCUGCCAGAAGAUAAAACUAAUGUGGAGGAUCAAAAGAGAAUGAAAGUAUCCUGUGUGACUGUUGAAGUGUCAGAGGUCAUAGAGUGUGACAGUAAUAUAACUACAGCUCGUACGACUACACAGACAAUAGAUUCCUCCAGCAAUCACACAGCCAGCAUCAAAUGUGAAACUGCAUCUGAGUCAACUUUUAAACACAGCUUGUUUGAAUCUCAGCUUGAAGACAGUGCUGUUGAUGUGCAGAUGAAACUCAAAGAUGGCACCAUAACGGUCUUGGAGUUUUUUAAACUCUUCGGCAUUGACUUUGUCAUCCAUAAUCCUCGGGAGAGUGUCCUUCCUGGCAGAUUUUUGUCAGACACAGAGGCCUCACCAAUGGAUUUACUGAAAGACCAACAUAUCAGUCGUCCUAAACAGAUGGUUUAUGAGACGGAUGUCUUUAACCUCAAAGAAAAGGUUGAAGGGCUGAAGGUGCGAAUGCAGGAUCUAAAUAAACCUCUUAAUGCUGUCAAUAGAUCUUUGUGGGAGGACAUGAGAUAUGCUUCAGAUAAAGAGCUGAAAUCUUUCGGUGCUAAACUAAAGGAGAGAAAUAACUUCUUCAGAAAAACAAGCAAAGUUCAGUCACAUGAAAUGAAGGAGGUUCUGUACUCAAAUCUUUUGCAGGCGAAUCUGGAGGAGCAGCAGAAGUUAAGAGGAAGAAUUCAGGAAGCAGAUGAGAUGAUAAAAAUUCUGGAUGACUGUAUUUGUGAAUUAGAAACGGAAUUUGCUGCAGUUGAAGAAAAGGGGUUUGAAGACAAACCAAGUCUGAAGUCGAUGCAGGAAGAAAUGAAGAGAGUCACUGAGACGACGGCUGAUAAUGAGAUACAAAUAUCUGAACUAGAGAUGCAGAAGAAGCAGAAUUCAAGUAAAGUCAAAAGGCUUCGAGCUGAAACGAGGAACCUGGAGGUUCAUAUGGGCCUUCUGAAUAUGAUGAAUGAAUGGAAGCUCAGAGAAAUGAGGGACAACUGCAGAGUCUUCACUUUCCUCCACGAGACCAUGCAUCUGCAGCUGGUGUUUGAAAAGACCAAUGGUAAUGAUGCCGACACUGAGCAGAAAAUAACACACAUCACUUUUAAACUGGAACUCGAUGAUGAGAAGUCGCAGUGCCAUGCAUGCCUUGUUCACAAAUUGGUCUCCGAGUACAUUGAAGGUGAAAGUUGCUGGGUAAAGAAAUACCCAACAAGAAGACAAGUACCAAAGCUGCUCCAUGAUGUCAGCCUGGUGGUGAGUCGCUGUCGUCUUCUGGGAGAGGAACUGCGUCUCCUGAAACUGUGGGGAGGGCUACGGCUGGAUAUACUCGACAUCAGCUGCAUGGACACCAAAGUGCGCAUUGUCUUCAGCACUCUGAAGAAAUUUUCCAAAUUUGAGGUCGUCUUUGCCAUCUCACUCAUCAACCACUUCUGUGUCCUGCAUGUAGAGAGCUUUAAAAACAUCAUUGGAAGCACAACGAUUCAACAGAUUGAAGACAUUGUGGCUUCGUUCACUCCCGCCAAGAACCUGCUGACAAAGACUGUCAGAAAGAUUCAUGAAGUGUUAUUAUGUUGAGAAUUAAACUCUGUUGUACAGUAUAGAGGGGAAAAACUAAAAACUUAAAUUCUUUUACAAAUCAAAGAAUAAGUAUAAUGUACAGAGUCUUAGUCUGUUUCUUCUGGUCAAAGAUGUGCUGUUUUGCUUUUUGCUGUACACACAAACAGUUCUCACUGUACAAAGCUGUUCUGUUUCUGCAGACUUUAAUGUUCCAAUAUGGGCAAAAAAAAAAAUAAAAAGAUGAAUUGGCUCAAAUGAAAGCUAUGUUGGGAAUUAAAAAGAUUUGCAAACAUUGAAAUCCCAACUCUUUCAAAAAAACAAAACAACAACAACCCAGCAUUACAGACUGCACGAUUAUGGCCACUGUAGUUUAAAGCAUAAAACCCCAUUAUUGGUGUGGUGCAGUUUCCAGAGUUGCCUCUAGAUGGUGGACAUUACCCAUCACCUGUUGGAAGUUUUUGCUGAACCUCCCACAUGUAAAUAUCAGUAUCGCUUCAUUUUGUUUAUACUGAAAUGAUUAUAAGCACAUAAUCUUUUUCCAGGCUUUUUUUUAUUAGACAGCAGUAACUGUAAAAAAUAAACAUGCUAUGCAUUAUAA